AUGACUUCAUGGUCUUCUCUUGUCAUAAUCUCGGGCGGCUCAGCAUGUAAUUCUAUGGUUGACAUUUUACAGUCAAUCGUACAAGAUGUCACUUAUGUGUUAGGCGUAAGCGAUGACGGUGGUUCUACAUCGGAAGUUCUGCGUGUGCUAGGUGGACCUGGAAUAGGCGAUAUACGGAGCAGAUUAGUGAGAUUGAUUAACGUGGAGGAAGAUAAAGAGAAGAAGUCUAUCAGGGAAUUGUUGAGUUAUCGAUUGCCCGCCGUCGGAGAUAAUGUCGUUAUCCGGGAUGAAUGGUUGGAGAUUAUCGAAGGAACUCACAGAUUAUGGCGAGGAAUCUCGUCCGAAAAACGAGCGGUAAUUCGGGGGUUUCUUGUUCACAUGCAAUCAGAAGUCUUCCGUAGAGCACACAAAAAAUUCGAUUUUCACAAUGGCAGCAUUGGGAAUUUUUUCUUAACCGGUGCCCGUCUAUUCCUCCAGUCACUCGAAGGUGCCAUUGUAUUAUUUACAGCGAUAGCCGGUAUUACCGAGCAAACUCGAGUAAUACCUGCGAUAAACACCAACCACUCGGUUGCCAUAGCGGCCGAGCUAGAGAAUGGGAAUGUUAUACUCGGACAGUGUGAGAUAUCUCAUCCGAGCAUCACAACUACGACGACUGACAUGAACGAAAUGCCUGAAUCACCAGUGCCGUUUAGUCCCAUAUCCCACAUUCUAACUGGUAGUAACUUGACGUUUGACAAGUUUGACACAGAACACUUGACUCGCCGAAUACAUAGGAUAUAUUAUAUUAAUGAGUAUGGACAAGAAAUAUAUCCAUCGCCUAAUCCCAAGGUGUUGACGAGCUUGAAAGAAAAGUUGACGCUGAUAUAUAGUAUUGGAUCUUUGUAUACUUCGAUCAUGCCCUGUUUAAUACUACGUGAUGUCGGUAAGGCUAUCGUUGAUUCAACUUCGUUAAAACGUAAGAUAUUGAUUUUGAACGGAUAUAAUGACCGAGAGACUGCUGGUUUUUCUGCGGUUGAUUUUAUUAAAGCCAUAGUGCAUGGAUGCAAUUAUUCGUUGCGCCUAAGUGGGGUUCAUGCGACCGAUUACCCCGAUUAUCGAUACGUUACUCAUUUGGUGUAUUUAGACAAUUCGCAAAUUCCGGUUGAUACGGUAAAGAUAGAGAAGUUAGGAAUAGAAUGUAUAGCUACAAGAGGAAUCACUAAUAAUGAUGGGAGGGCGGUUUACGAUGAACAUGCUCUUGGUGGGUUGCUUAAUAAACUUGUUACGUGA